AUGAGGUUCCCCAGAAGGAAAGGUCCAGCCGGACCAGUACUCGCGGUGAGGCGGACCGGCCAGCCAGACCCAAGGUUCAACUACGAGCUUUUUAACUGCAACAACUUUAAUAUACGCUAUUGGAGCUGGAAUUACCGCGGCUGCUGGCACCAGACUUGCCCUCCAAUUGUUCCUCGUUAA